UCCUUUUUAAAAACUCACUGCAUCCAAAUAUGUUUCGCCUAAAGGCUAUUCGUCAAGUCACCAGGACUGUGUUUCAAUUUGGAUCCUUUCGUUGUGAAUCAUUAAUUAGCCAGAUGAAUACAUGUGAAGAUGAAGAACAGAUAUUUGAUUUUAUUAGAAAAAACAAAGCCACAAUUUCAGAAAAGCACGUAGGUUGUGCAUUUAAUAUGCUUUGGGAAUUUCAAAAGACUGGCUUGUUAAAAAAUGUUGAAUUCAUCAAAGACCAUCCUCAGUUUCUCACUCUUCAGGAUAUAACCACAAAGAAAAUAGAAUCCAUGAAUGAUGAUACCCUCGUGAAUGUGUUAUACAUCAUGCAACAGUUGUCUCUUGAGGCCCAUGACCCACUAAUUGAAACACUCGUUACAGAAGCAUGGAAAAAGUUGAAUAGGUUUGAUAUCAGUGUAUUGUCAAAGUUUUCCACUUGCCUAGCAAAUCAGCAUUUAUAUUUUAGUCCAUUAAUGGGAAAAAUUGCUGAUAUUGUAAAUAGAAAAUUGGAAUCCAUACAGGACUUAUGGUCUUUGUCUGUUUUGAUGGUCAACAUAUCUUCUUUAGUAUCAAAACCUUUUCAAGUACAAUUGAUGAAUAAAACGGAACUUCUUUUUGAUAGUAUAGAAUCUUCGCAGGUCAACAUUGCAAAAAGAAUUGUUCAGUUUCUUCGAAAUAUUAAAUACCUACAUUACCCACUGUUAGACAGAUGCAAUCAAAUGUUUUUAAGCAAUAUGGACCACCUUGAUUUUGAAUCCAUCAGUAAAAUCGUGAUGUUAUACCGUUCUCUACAGUUUUAUAGUUUUGAAUUUUCUAAACUGGCUAAAAAGAGACUAACUGAUAUGAUUCCUCUUAUUGAUCAACCUGAUAAUUUUGUAAAAUUGUUUGUUGCAUUGGGACCCAUAGCAGAACCUGAAGCAAAAAAUAAACUUAAAGCAACUUUAUUAUUGAUCUCAGAGGAGCUGACCAGCCAGCAAGCCCUUGCAGUGAUAGGAACAAUGGAAGAGAUGGAAAGCAGAAAUUUACAUCUUAUUAAAAAAAUUGCUUUGACUCUGCAUAAACAUUUGGAUAGCUAUAAGCCAGUAGAGUUAUUGAAGAUAAUCCAAGCAUUGAUUUAUCUACAUUUUCAAAGUAAAGAGCUUUUCGAAAAACUCCGAGAAUUACUAUUGAGUCAUUUGAAAACUAGCAUCAUACCAAGUGAGAUUUCUGUACUGGCCUAUGCUAUUUCUAUGCUUCCUUCUCUUCAGCCAGAUGAAGCAGGGUUGUCUCGGAUUGAAGAAGUUUUACCACAGUGUGACCUCAAUGAUAUGAAUGUUUUAGCCACAUCUGUUUUAAGAUGGAUCCACUAUGAGCACAUGUAUUUGGGUAAACAAGCUGGGAAACAACUGAAACUACUUCAAAAAUUAGAUCACUAUGGUCUGCAGAGACUACAAAACUUCAGUGAUUUAAAUUUGCUUUGGGAAGAGCUUAAAACUUUAAAAGGAGAUUGGUUUUCUGAGUCACUUCUUAAAGACGCAGUGGCCACUCUAGAGCGCAUGGUAGAUGAAGUAAAUCACACGAAUGUCACAGGAAUUGCAACUUUCAUUUCUAGAACUGGCUACCUCAGCACUUUGCUACUUGAUAGGAUAGCCUCUGUGGUCACUCAGCAUAUUGAAAAGAUCCAUCCUUUUGCAAUGCUUUCUACUAUUCUUCCAUUCAGCAUCUUAAACUAUGACCCACCCCAAAGGGAUGAAUUUUUGGGAACUUGCAUUCAACAUCUGAAUUCUCACUUAAGUAAAUUGGAUCCUCUUGUUUUAUUAUUUCUUGGUUUCUCUUUUGCCACCCUUGAAUAUUUUCCAGAAGAUCUGCUAAAGGCAAUUUUUAACAUAAAAUUCCUAGCCAGAUUGGACUCUCAACUUGAAUUUUUAUGUUCAUCUCUAAGGAUGAAGGCCCAGUUUCGUCUCAUGGAAUUGAACAGAGCAAUAUGUUUGGAAUGCCCUGAGUAUCAAUUUCCGUGGUUUCAUGACCGCUUCUGUCAGCAAUAUUAUCAUAAAGAUAUUGGCAGCAACACGAAUGAAUCACAACAGCAGAUAUUGAAAAUAUUAGCAGAGUUACUAGGAGGAAUCAAUUAUGUAAAGGCCUCCGUUUUUACGCCUUAUUACUACACCGUAGGUUUUGAGUGUAUCUUGGACAAAAGGAAAAAACCGCUUCCUUAUGGAAGCAAUAAUAUAACUUUGGGAAAACUGUCAGAAAUGCCAGUGGAAUCAAAUACCCAAAUAGUUGGAUCAAGUCUCCCACCAGGAGCUAAAAGAGUUGCCUUGGAAUUUUUGGAUUCAAGAGCUUUUUGUAAAAAUAUUCCUCAUGUAAAAGGAAUAUCUACUAUGAAAAAACGACAUUUGGAAAUUUUGGGCUAUCAUGUAAUUCAGAUCCCUCAUUUUGAAUGGAACUCGAUGGCUUUGUCCACAAAGGAUGCACGGAUGACCUACCUGAGGGACUGCAUAUUUGAGGACAGCAAAUCACAAUUGUAGUUUGAUGACUGAUGAAGUUACCACAAUGUGUUCCAUCUGAAUUUGUUAAAUGAAGUGACCUGGCUUAGUUGAAAAAUAAUAAAGCCAUACUGACUGAUUUUCAAA